ACACCUGUCACACAGCAGCCGCACCUGCCCGGCCACAUUUCACCUUACUUUCUUGCAGCCGCUCAGAAACGCAGCUGCAGUCUUCUUCUUCUACUGCUUCUACACCUGUGUGUCUCCCAGCUGACAUGCUGGAGCUCCUGGAGUACCUGCAUGAUUCGGAGCUCGUGGCCCGUUUCCAGAGACGAUGCGGACUCUUCCUGGUCGAAGGCACGAGUCACAACCGAGGUGGCACGCGCUCUGUGAGAGGAACCCAUGCAGAUAAACCACGUGAGCAGAUGGAGAGGAGAUGGGACCACCAGGAUAAGAAUUCAAACUAUACACUAAAGGAGAACGGAUGUGCUGCUAUUGGCUGCAGCCGGCCUGAGUACGAGGUGAGGAACUGGCUGCUGCACUACCUCUUCCUGUUGUCGGCAGGCCUGGGCCAUGAGUUCUUCUACAUCACCUGUCUGCCCUGCAUACACUGGAGCCUGGACCCUUUCCUGUGCCGACGCCUCGUCAACAUGUGGGCUGUGGUGAUGUACGUCGGCCAGGUGAUGAAAGAUUUACUGAAGCUGCCCCGCCCCUUUUCGCCCCCUGUGGUCAAGCUGGAGACCCGUGUCGAUGCCGAGUAUGGACUUCCCUCAACCCACGCCAUGGCUGCCACUGCCAUCUCCUUUACGCUUCUACUGAGUGCUCAACCCAGGUUUCAGUUCCAGUUUGAGGUGGGUCUGCUGAUCGCACUGACGCUGUCAUCCUUGGUGUGUCUGAGCCGUCUCUACACCGGCAUGCACUCCGUUUUGGAUGUGAUUUGUGGAGUUUUAAUCUCAGCCGUCCUCAUGUACUUCACCUACCCAUACUGGGAAACAUUCGACCACUUCCAGCUCACCAGCCCCAUCUCCCCCAUUGUGGCAGUGUUACUGCCUUUAUUCCUCAGCUACACAUACCCAGAGCUGGACCAUUAUAGCACCACUCGAGGGGAUACGACCACCAUACUGGGAGUGAGUGCCGGCUGUUCAAUUGGAUACUGGACAAAUGUGCAGCUGGGGCAGACGUUUGAGCCCCAGGGAGAGUUACCUGUACCCCUGCCUGCCCUGACAGCACACGCAGUGGCAUUUAGCUUUGUACGCUUCCUCCUGGGAGCUGUAGCACUGGUGGGAACUCGGCAGGUUGUGAAAACAUUGAGCCUGCAUGUGUUGUACUCAUGGUACGGCGUACCAAAAAGUGACGACAGUGCCAGGAGGAGAAGAGAGAUUGAAGUGCCGUCCAAGUUUGUCACAUAUGCAGCUGUUGGACUUGUCAAUUCUAUACUGGUCAAUAGAGUUUUCCUCCUCGUGGGCCUUCUAUGACCUGCAAGUGAUAUGACCUGCAUAGUUACAACAAGACUGAUGAACAGAACAAUAAUCUGAAAUCAAAACCACCUUAUAUUUAUUUCAGUGUGCAUCACAUGCUCUUUUUUACACAAACUUCUGCUUGCAAUGACGACUUUGUAACCGAGCUGGCUGAAAGAAAAUUAAAGAUUUUGCUAAAAUA